AUGUUCGCGGCAUUGACCUGUCAUUUGGUUCUGCAGUGGCUCUGGGUUCUUGUCCUUCAUCAAUCCACAGGAUCCAAUGAACCCACAGCCCCUGACAAUGACCCUGCAGAAUUCGUCGCAAGCAUGGGGAGUUUUUACCUACCUAUGAUCAAUAAUUGCGCUCUAGAGGGUAUAGAUCAUGUAGGGACGCAGUGUGACAGCCUUGAUAUUUCCUGUGCUAGUAUCUCUGAUAUCCAUUGUAUAUCCACCCCCUUCGGCGGGGAUUUUAUUGCCUUCUAUGCCAUCUAUGUCUUGACACUGGCUACCAAUAUCAUCGCUAUCACACUCAUGGCGGUGAAGGCGUGGCCAGCGCAACACCGUCGGCUGCUCAGAUCUCACCUCAACACCACGGAGUAUAGAUCUCCGGCCUUAUCUAUUCUCGCUCUCCUUGUCGAAUCCAGGACUCUUUACUGUGUGAUAUGGAUAAUCUUCCUUGCGUGCUAUGUUUUGUCUAAUAGAUCGAGCGGCAACGCUGUCAUUGCUAUUGGUGAAACCCUUUUUGCAAUCACAGUACAAGUAUCUGUUAUCUAUCCAACCGCGGUGAUCGCCUUGGCAGCACUCCAGGAGACCACUUGGGACAUGAGCGUUGGGAAGGACAUGUCUCAGAACGCGUCUCACACCGAGAUGCGCCUUGUGGCAAGAGCUACUUGUUCCGGCACAUCGACAACUCAGACCGGUGCCCAUCGCCCGACACCGUCUGUUGAUCAAAGAUCCCAUCCCCAUGCAUCUGAGUUGGGGGCGAUAGAUGGAGAACUGUAG